AUGUUCUUACGUUUGGGCUUGAUUCCGACUAUUGUUGUCUCAUCACCUCACAUUGCUGAACAGUUCCUGAAAACUCAUGACCUAAUUUUUGCCAGCAGGCCUCCUAUUGAUACUUUAAAGCACAUGGCUUAUGGUCAAAAGAACCUUGCCUUUUCUCCAUAUGGAUCUUAUUGGCGAACCAUGCACAAGAUUUGCAUGCUGGAACUUCUAAGCAAAAAUAAGAUUAGUUUGAACCAAGAUAUUAGAAAAGAAGAGCUUGAUCUCUUGAUUAAGCACAUAAAAGAGGCUGUUGGUACCGAUGUUACUGUUGAUCUAAGUGCCAAAGUCACAUCUCUCAGUGUAGACCUAACUUGUAGAAUGGUGUUUGGGAAGAAAUAUGCAGAUGUAGAUUUCAAUGAGAGAGGAUUCAACACUAUGUUUCAAGAGGCCGUAAAAUUGGCAGACAUUAGUAACUUGAAUGAUUACAUUCCUCAAAUUGCUUCACUUGAUCUACAGGGACUGACAAAGCGCACGAAAGUAGUUGCCAAGGUGUUUGACGACUUCUUUGAAAAGAUUAUUGAUAAGCAUGUUCAAUCCAAGGAUGAAAAUAUAACCAAAGACUUUGUUGGUAUAAUGCUGAGUUUCAUGGGAUUACAAGAAACUAAGGACAAAAUCAAGCAAGAGCAAGUCAAAGCCAUGCUCUUUGUAAGUGUUAGUGUUUUUGUCAUCUUAUGA